CAAAGAUAGCUUAAGAAAAUUUGCAAAAAUACUUGUCUCCUCACUGCUUUGCCAGUCAGUAGAUGUUUAUUGUGUAGAUAACAUCACAUCAGAUGUGUAGAAAAAGGACCCAGGUCCAAAAAAGUGGAUAUACGCCUAAACAUUGAAUACACCCUGGGUCUGAAAUGAUACAGGGAGUUCAGACAUAGCUACUGAGUUCAUUUUCCAUGAACAUUUUAAAGAGCCAUGGUAGUUAGAGUAGCAAAAUAGUUGGAGACAUUUGGAGUCAGGUAGAGAAGGGAAAGAACUGUUACUCAAGGCACACAGAUGGCAUUGUGGACACAUUAGACAGUUCUCUAGCGCAGGAGUUUUUCACAAAGCUUUUUGUAAAAAGCCAUGUUAUAAUUAUUUUACAUUAUAUAAGAUGUAAAGCCUCUGUCAAAGCUGUUCAAUUCUACCCACUUAACUCAAAAGCAACCAUAGAUAGCAAAGUACGAUUGCUGAACUCCAAUAAAACUUCAUUUACAAAAAUGAACGUUGGUCCAGAUUGGUUCUAGCACCCAUAGUUUGCCAGUGACUGUCCCAACCAAUCAGAGCAGAUAUGAGAACCUGUGUGAAAAUGAUUGAAUUUAGCCAGUGAUGUUUAUAGAAAAUACAUACUUAUGUGUGAACCAGAGCAGGUUAUUACUUCAUUUGUCAUAAACAGGUUUUAUAAUCAUAUAAUUUUGGCAUAAAUUUGUCAGUAACUCAAGAACAGUGUAAGGUCCAAGAUGCCACAUCACCUGUUUGGUAGUAAGCUAGCUUACCACAGUUUCACAGUCCUGGCAAAAGACAUGACACUUCUGGGCCAGAAACAAAAGACUUUAUUAUUCACAUCCUUAGCAAUAAGUAGAAUAUGUGCAUUUUCCUAUGCCCGCUUCUUGAACCCCAGUCCCUCAGAGACAAGAAAAGAGAGCCAGCUGAAAUGUGCACAGAUGGUGGGUCGCAUUACAGGAGAUGAAACCAGAACUCAGAAAACCCAAAUCAUUUAUAAUGAUAGUAAGUUUCCUUGCUUUUUAACCCCAUUAAAACACAUUCUCUUUAUUACAUCGGACAAUAAAAUAAACCUGCCCUUGGCUCUGGAGGAAGACACAGAUUCCUCUUAAAAGGCUGUUAGCCAUAUAAACAUUCAUGAAAAGAUUGUCUUGAAGAAAAGCAAUCACUACAUUCAUUCAUAAGAAACAGAGAAAAAAAAGAUCCAAGGGGAAUUAUUUCCCAAAUGCAAAUUCAUCACCUAAUACAAUCCAAAGCUAUGCAGAUGCCAUACAAUGGAUGAGUCCAGACUUAUUUUUCGGUAUAUUUACACCAGUAAUUAUCUUUAAUGUUGCAUUUGACAUGGAUGUAUACAUGCUCCAAAAGUUAUUGUGGCAGAUACUUUUAAUUACGAUUCCCGGCUUUGCGAUUAAUUAUAUCUUAAUCCUUUGGUACCUGCAAACUGUGAAUAAAUUAUUUUUGAAGACCAUACCAUGGUUCUUAUUUGCUACUAUCCUUGUGAGUUCAGAUCCUAUGCUGACUGCAGCUGCUAUAAGAGAUCUAGGUCUUUCUAGAGGCCUCACCAAUUUAAUUAAUGGAGAAAGUCUGAUGACCUCUGUUAUAUCAUUAAUUAUAUUUAACAGUGUUGUAAAUACUAACUUCAGAAGACAACAUAAGACAAACAGUACUUUAGGCUCUCAAGUCAUGUAUGGAAUUUGGUCAUAUUUCAUUGCAAGUUUCUUGUUUGGAAUUCUAAGUUCAAAACUGAUUCAAUUGUGGAUGUCAACAGUUUUUGGUGAUGAUGUCAAUUAUAUAAGUCUCAUCUUUUCCCUCCUAUACCUCAUCUUUUAUAUUUGUGAACUAGUUGGAAUGUCUGGAAUAUUCACCCUGACCAUUAUGGGCCUUUUUUUAAAUUCUACAAGUUUCAAACCAGGAGUUGAAGUACUUCUUCUCGAAUUCUGGAAUUGUUUAUCAUUUGUUGCUUUUCUCAUGGUGUUUUCUUUCACUGGACUUCUAAUCCCUGCACAUACAUAUUUAUAUAUAUCAUUUUCUGACAUAUAUUAUUCAAUAAAUAUAUACUUCACACUGAUUGUUUUAAGACUUCUGGUCUUUCUAUUAAUGAGCCCUCUUUUGUCUCGACUUGGCCAUGGGUUCAGCUGGCGCUGGGCAUUCAUAAUGGUCUGGAGUGAAAUGAAAGGGAUGCCUAAUAUAAACAUGGCCCUUCUGCUCGCCUACUCUGACCUUUCUCUUGGAUCCGAGAGGGAAAAAUACCAAGUGUUAUUUCAUGGAGUCUUAGUAUGCUUAAUUACCCUAAUUGUUAAUAGAUUUAUUUUGCCAAUGGCAGUUAACAAACUAGGUCUUCGUGAUGUCACAUCAACAAAAUAUAAAUCAGUUUAUUAUACAUUUCAACACUUUCAAGAGCUAACUAAAUCUACGGCCUCUGCACUAAAAUUUGACAGGGAUCUUGCUAAUGCUGAUUGGAAUGUGGUUGAGAAAGCGAUUGUACUUCGAAACCCAUAUGCCUUGGAGCAUGAGGAAGAAACACUAGAACAUCAGAAAGUGAGAUGUCCAAGCUGUGACAAGGAAAUAGAUGAGACCCUUAACCUCGAAGCAAUGGAGCUGGCCAACAGACGUCUCUUGUCUGCACAAAUAGCAAGCUACCAGAGACAGUACAGGAAUGAGAUUCUGUCUCAGAGUGCAGUCCAGGUGCUGGUAGGUGCAGCAGGAAGCUUUGGUGAAAAGAAGGGAGAAUAUAUGAAUCUUGGGACAAUAAAGGUUUAUUCUGAAAGUAAAAAAUUCCUUACCUUUUUAAGAAAAUUACUGCUCAACUGGGUAUAUAAUACUAAAAAAGACAAAGGAGUCCCAUCAAGACAUCUACUUUUUCGUGUAUGCCAUAAAGCAGUAUUUACUGAUGAAUUUGAGUAUGUCGGAUACCUUGUGAUACUAAUGAAUGUAUUUCCUAUUAUAAUCAGUUGGAUACCACAGUUAAAUAAAAUAUAUGACGAUGAAAUAAAAUAUACUAACUACUCUUUUCUUGCAAUUUAUAUUCUAGAGGCCCUACUUAAGAUAGCAGCAAUGAGGAGGGCAUAUUUUUCACAUGCCUGGAAUAUAUUUGAGUUAGCAAUUACAUUCAUUGGCAUCAUAGACGUAAUACUGAUCGAAACAAGUGCAAUUAAUUAUUCAUUUGACUUGAUCCAGACAGUGGUCAUUAUGAAAAUUGCUCGAUUUCUUCGGUUGCUGCGCAUUUUGAAGCUCGUAACACCAAAGUUGCUGCAAAUAAUAGAUCAAAAGAUGAGCCACCAGCUGUCCUUUAGAUAUGCUAUACUAAAAGGAUAUGUCCAAGGUGAAAUGGAUGUGAUGACCAUAAUUGAUCAGAUCGCAAGUUCUAAACAGGUUAAACAGAUGUUAUUAAAGCGAGUCAUAAGAAACAUGGAACUAUCUAUGAAAGAGCUAGGCUACUUAGAAUAUGACCACCCAGAAAUUGCUGUCACCAUGAAAUCAAAGGAGCAGAUUAAUGUCAUGCUCAAUAUGGCUAGAGAAAUUGUGAAGGUUUUCAGGUCAAAGGGAAUUAUUCAUAAAAUUGAAUGUGCCGAAAUUAAUAAGUUAAUCAUGGCCAAAACAAGAGAGGUGCUCGAUUUUCAAUCUAUUAUCAAGCCUAUGACUGUUGAAGAAACCCUAUAUCAUAUUCCAUGGCUAGAUAAGGAUGAAAACUUCAUAAACUUCAUCCAGGAAAGAGCCAAAAUUGUUACAUUUGACUGUGGAAAUAAUAUAUUUGAAGAAGGUGAUGAGCCCAAAGGAAUCUAUAUCAUUAUUUCAGGCAUGGUAAAGCUUAAAAGAUCAAAACCAGGUUUGGGGAUUGACCAAAUGGAGUCAGAGGAUAAAGAUUAUCAGAUAAUUUACACAGACUAUGUGCUCAGUGGGGAAAUCAUAGGAGAAUUAAACUGCUUAACUAAUGAACAGAUGAAAUAUUCUGCCAUCUGCAAAACUGUAGUGGAGACAUGUUUUAUUUCCAAAACUCACUUGAUUGAGGCUUUUGAACAAUGCUGUCCUAUCAUCGAGCAUAAAAUGUGGCUAAAAAUUGGACUUGGUAUUACUGCCCGAAAAAUCAGAGAACAUUUGUCUUAUGAGGAUUGGAACUACAAGAUGCAAUUAAAGCUCUGUAACAUUUAUGUAAGAGAUAUACCCAAGAGCAUCAAAAGUGAUAUCUAUGAUGAAACUGUAACUGACGUUAUCCUCAUACAUGGAGCUGUGGAAGACUGUCAGUUACGAAAAGUUUAUAAGGCACCUUUCUUAAUUCCUUUAACAUGCCAUCAGAUACAAGGCACUGAAGAUUUCACAAAAGUAAUGAUGAUUCAAACUUCAAUUGAUAUGAAAAAAUUCAGAUUCAACUCUAGAAAGUAUGUAUCUACACGUAAAAUUUCUUCUGUACCAAAAUCUUUAGGAGUGAUGGACAAGUUUGUUGAGAAGACUGAAGCACAUCCCGGUGCUGCUGUUAUAAAAGGCCUCCCCUGGCUGAGCCACAAUCUCUUCCAUGGAGAGGAGGCGACUUCCAGGCAAACCUGUGCAGAUGUUCCUGGUGCCACGCAGGAAGGAAGUCUGGACCAUGGCACCAGCCAGUUCAAAUAUAUUUUUUCCCAAAAUUUCCUUAGUUGAAAGUAAUUAUUUUUUUUAAAUAUCCCAAACAUCUCAGAAAAGCUUGGUGUAAAUUUUAGUCUUAGAGCCAGGAAAUAAGCUUUUACAAUGGAUAGAGUCUGCAUAUGCUCAAGUCUCCUUGAGCAAUAUGGUUUGAUUCAUUUUAUGAAAAAUACAAUACUAUUAAAGUAUGUUCUAAAUGUCGCUUUCAAUCCACAUACUGAUUUUUGGCUGUUGUCUUAUUUCACUUUUCUUGGGCACUCUCCAAGAUUUACUGUAGUAAAGAAUGAAAAUUAUUUCAGACUGAACCCUACUCCUGUAAGUCAGCCCAAAUUCCCCAGUAUACACUUUAUCUACCACUAUAUUCACAACAUGGAGUACAACACCUGACACUUCAUUUUAGAAAAUAUUCUCAACACUUAAGAAUUAGUAGGGUAGAUGCUGUGGCAUACAUGAUAAAGCCAUCGCCUGCAGUGUUGGCAUCCCAUAUGGUUGCCGGCUAUAGUCCCAGCUGUUCCACUUCCCAUCCAGCUCUCUGCUAUGGCCUGGGAAUGCAGUAGAAGAUGGCCUAAGUCCUCAGGCCCCUGUACCUGCAUGGGAGACCCAGAAGAAGCUCCUGGCUCCUGGCUUCGGAUCGGUGCAAUUCUGGCUGUUGCAGCCAUCUAGGGAGUUAGCCAGCAGAUGGAAGGCUUGCUCGCUCACUCUCUCUCUCUCCUUCUCUCUGUCU